AUAAUAACUCAAUCAUAACUCUGGCUAAUGCGGAUGCCGGGAGUAAUUGGCAUUUUGUUGAGGGACUAUCGAGCUAAUUAUAUGUAAACCCUAAACCCUAAUAUCUUUAUCGCCAAAAUCGAUCACAUUUCUAUCUCUAUCGUCGGUGAGCGAACAAAAUGGCAUCCAGAUGCAGCAGAAUUUUCCAGAAAUCUUCUGUUUCUGCCCUAAAAUCGGCCAUUUCGAAGCCAGCUUCUUCUUCUUUCAACAGAUCAGCCACCGCCCCAUCCAAUAGGCCACCUCUAUUCACUACUCCAGUGACCUCUCCCCUUCGCCGGUUAUCUCUCUCAAGGGCGCCGUCGGAGUUGGGAGGUGUGGCGUCGUUGCUGCCACUGCACAGUGCGGUGGCUACGGCGAGGAUGACGUCGUGCCUGAGCUCGUCGUCCAGGAGUUGUCGGGCUCUUUCUCAGGGCACAUGAGUUUCCAAUGGUUGAAAGAAACACAAGAAAUUUACAAGGUCUUCCAUUAUGAUUCAUUGAAUUACACACUAUGUAUAGGUGCUUUAAUUAAUGUACUAAAGCAGCUAGUUAGUAUUGAUGUGAUAGAUAAUAAAUUAAUCUCUUACCAACCAAAGUACCUGCAUACAUUUAAAAAAUAGAGAAUAAGAUGCAUCUAUUUUUAUGUUGUAGUAUUGGGCUGUUAAUAAUUUGUUUCUGCAAUAUUCUUGGUUGAAUGAUCUAUAUCUUGAAAAUUAAGCAAAUGAAAUGCGAAGCUAGGACUUAUAUUUGUAUGAUGGUUGUAGUUUGAUAGGUGUUUGAUUUUCAUGAGUGUUAUUAUUUGUGCUCGUCUCAUAUCUGAGUGCGUAUCUAGUCUCUCUGAUGUGUUAGAUAUUUGUGCUCGUCUCAUAUCUGAGUGCGUAUCUUCCAUUAUGAUUCAUUGAAUUACACACUAUGUAUAGGUGCUUUAAUUAAUGUACUAAAGCAGCUAGUUAGUAUUGAUGUGAUAGAUAAUAAAUUAAUCUCUUACCAACCAAAGUACCUGCAUACAUUUAAAAAAUAGAGAAUAAGAUGCAUCUAUUUUUAUGUUGUA